AUGCUGUGCCAAAGGCGCUAUCUACAGAUGAAAUAUGCAGUGCCACUGAAAACGAACCCGACAUAUCAGGCUGUCAGCAAUGCCGUAAAAACAAGCAACUGGAGAUCAUCCUUGACAGCCCAAUAUCACAAAAUCAAAGAUGAACUCACACUGAAGGACAACCUGUUACUCCGAGGCAUCGACAAGCUGGUUGAAGAAUCCGUAAAGAAAUGUCUUGCUUGCCAAGCAUGCGCCCCUGCCAAACAACAUCUAGAACUGAUGCAAAAUAGCAAACUCCCAUCAGAGCCCUGGAGCGAAGUGUCCGUUGAUUUUCUGAGUGGCCUUCCCAACAACACUUACCUACUUGUCAUCAUGGAUGAUUACAGCAAAUUUCCAGAAGUGGAAAUAGUGAACUCCACAUCAGCAAAAGCCGUGUUGCCAAAAAUGGAUGCUGUGUUCGCCCGACACGGGAUACCAGCCAUUUUGAAAUCAGGCAACAGACCUCCCUUCAGUAGCGAAGACAUUUGUAAGUACGCUCAACAUUCCGAUUUCGUUCACCGUAAGCUUACGCCACUGUGGCCCCAGGCCAAUGGGGAGAUUGAGCACUUCAUGGGACCUCUGAUGAAGUGUGUUCGCGCUGCUCACGUAGAGUGCAGAAGCUGGAAGCAGGAACUCUAUAGGUACCUAAGACAGUACCGUGCCACCCCCCACGACUCGAUUGGGGUCUCGCCUGCUGAAGCGCUGUUCGGCAGAAAGAUCAGAACAACACUGCCAAGUGUCACCCUGCCUAUCAUCAGCCGCCAAAAAAUACAUGAUAAGAUACAGGAAACUGACAGUGAGAAAAAAAGAAAAUCCAAGAAUUACACAGAUUCGAGACGUCAUACUAAAUUGUCAGGUGACCGCGUAUUAGUCAAACAAAAAACUACGAAAAAAGUGCAAACACCUUUCAGCCCAAGACCCCUCAAGAUAACCCAAUGUAAAGGGUAUAUGAUCACUGCCGCCUGUGAGGAUUACAGCAUCACAAGAAAUGCAUCACACUUCAAAUUAUACAGUGGUAAUGCAACAUACACACAGCACCAGGAUGAAGAUGAUGCCACAGAUGACCUGCACAUCACCACAGACUCUCCACCCACACAGGCAGUCGCUACCCCCCUCAAGCCUUGUCUCUGGGAUAGUGCCAGGACCACACGUGCAAAACGUCUGCCAGUCAGAUUCGACGAGUUUGUUGGGUUGCCACAAACAUUGAGUGGGGAAAAACAAUAA